AUGGAGGUGGAUGCUGCACAUGUUAAUGACAUGAAUUGUCUUGAGGAGCAAGCCGAUGAACAAUCACUUUCUCUAGAAUAUUCUGGUGUUUAUGAUGUUUUCGGUGAACCGGAAAUAUUUCCUCGGGUGGGUGAGCAGUUUCAAGUUCAAAUUCCCUCUUUAAUUUCGAAAUCUGAAUAUUACUGGUUUAUAAGGAAUCCAUACGAGGCAGAUAGCACUUCAAGUACUCUCCAUAAGUUUCGAGUUGGAUUACCCAUCCCAAUAAUUUGGAUUAAGGAUGAAUUUGAGAUCAGUAGGCAUAAUCAUCGGCAAAAAAAUGCAUCCAAGUUGAAUGGAGUUACCAAUAAAACGGAACCUCCAAAACUAAAUUGUAUAAAAGAGACCUCUAAUUAUCUGGAUGGUGAUAAAGUGAAGCCUAAACUUUGGCCAUUUGACACUACAUUGGUCAGUGGCAUGAAAUUGGGAGAAUCGAGAGAUUCCAAUAUGCAACAAGAAACAGAGAUUGAGAUGCGCGAGAAGCAUAGUGAGAAAGGUCAUUUUUUAGUUCCUGGGUCUGCGAGUGACACCUGGAAUGAAAUUGAAGAGGCCAGUUUCAUCCUUGGCUUGUAUAUAUUUGGGAAGAACCUUGUUCAGGUGAAAAGAUUUAUUGGCAAUAAGAACAUGGGAGAUAUACUGUCAUUCUAUUAUGGAAAAUUUUAUAAAUCUGAUAAAUAUCAAAGAUGGUCUGGAUGUAGAAAAAUGAGAAGCAGAAAAUGCAUUUAUGGCCCCAAAAUUUUCACUGGACCAAGGCAACAAGAGCUUUUGUCUCGAUUACUACCAACCAUAUCAGAGGAAUGCUACAACAAGUUACUCGAGGUUUCCAAGGCGUUUGUAGAGGGUAAAAUGCUUCUUGAAGACUAUGUUUUAACUUUAAAGGCCUCAGUUGGGCUCAAAGCUCUUGUUGAGGGAGUAGGUGUUGGUAAGGGGAAAGAAGAUCUUACAGGACUCGCUAUAGAUUCUAUGAAAUCUACUCAACCACCACCUGUUCGCCAAGAAAUACCAGUUGGCAAGGCAUGUUCAAUGCUUACACCUCCGGAAAUAAUAAGCUUUCUAACGGGUGAUUUCAGGUUAAGCAAAGCUCGAACAAGUGAUCUCUUCUGGGAAGCUGUUUGGCCUCGUUUACUUGCCAGAGGUUGGCACUCUGAGCAGCCAGAUAGUCAUAACUAUGCUGUUGCUUCUAAGCAUUCUCUGGUCUUCCUUGUCCCUGGAGUUAAAAAGUUUUCGAGGAAACUGGUGAAGGGAAAUCACUAUUUUGACUCUGUGAGUGAUGUCUUGUGUAAAGUUGCUUCUGACCCUGAGCUAAUUGAGCUCGGGACAAUUGCAGAUAAUGAUUGCACUAGCAAAGAGGGAAAUGGUUGGACAAAAGAUACAAAACUGGACCGCGAAAAUUCCCCGGAUCAACCACGCCACUGCUAUCUCAAGGUAAAAACGCCAAACCGCAGUACAGAUGUCAUGAAAUUUACUGUUGUGGACACAAGCCUGGCUAGUGAAAAGAUAACGAAGGUGAGAGAACUGAGAAGCUUGCCAUUUGAAGUUUUAAAAGCUUGUACUUUUGAAAAUGACUCGGAUAAUGAGAACACUUUUGAGGAGCAAAGAAAUGAAUCCGAGUCUGUCAAGACCAUAUCCUUUGAUAGGAGGAAUAAUGACAUUACUAAAGCCAGUAAAUCUAAUAUUGGUAAGGAUGUCUCUUCAAUUUUGAAUGAUUUAGAAAAGAAUCUUUCUUCUAAAGAGGAGCUGCCAAGGAGCGGCAUGGCUUCAAGUAGCAUAUCUGCUGCCUCCAAGGGCCAGAAGACAAAAUUCUUGUGUAACACACUCAAAAGAGAUGGUUUUAAUUCCCCAUCAUUCCAAAGAAUGGUAUCUGAUAACAAAAAUGAUCUAGUCCCAGUUACAAAAAGACGGAGGCGAUUAACUGCAUGUAGCCGUGGAAAGAAAAAUAGCAACACUGCCAAUUUCUUUGUGGUUCCUAGAGGAAAACAAGAGGAGCCUGGGUUUUGUCUGGAUAUAGACAAUGCAAAAUCUAGUGCAAGUGUAUCUGCAAACUUCUUUGUGGCUUCCAGAGUAGAACAAGAGGAAGUCAGUCUUCACAAGUCAAAAUUUACUAAGAGUGUUCUUUCAUGGGAUAUCCCAUCCCAAGAGAAAAAGUCAUCAGCAGGUUUUACACCCCAGAAAAAUAAAACACUAGCAGAUUCUCUGUCAAAUCCAAGUUCAAUCAUCCAUGGAGAAGCUGUUCCUGACACUAGUUCUUCAGGCGCUAAGGAUCAAUGUAGUAAACCCCAGCCACGAACUAUGAUUGACCUUAACUUGCCUGUUUCACCAGAAGUUGAAGUUGAUGAACUUUUUGUGAAUGAAGUGGUAGCUGAGAUGCAGGAAAAUAAGACAGCCAAGGAAUCAGAUGAUCUCAUUGUUGGAACAAACUCCAAACUUGGCGAUCAUCCUGAACAACAGCCUGACAUACACACCCGGAGGCAGAGCACCAGAAACCGGCCACCAACAACAAAAGUGCUUGAAGCUUUUGCCUUUGGAUAUCUAGAUAGAAAGGAGAAGCGCAGAAGUAGAGAUUAUCUUCAGGACAGUUCGGUAACAAGACCUUCCGUAUCUCGCAAAGUGGGACGCUCUAGUAAUGGUGGUACUGGGCUUGAAAAAGAGGUAAAAACCGAUGUUGUCUAUGAUGGUAACUCUGGCAGUGGCUGUAAUAUACACAGGCUCCAAGUGUAA